ACUGUUGAAUACGAGAAGGCAACGCAAAACGCGAAGAUCGUGGAACCCGAAGUCAUGGCCGAACUGAGCCGGUCGUUGAUCGACGCGGCGAACUUCGCGGCUCUGAAGCACUCGACGCAGCGGCGCAAAGAUCCAGACGCUACGCCGUACAUCAAUCACCCGAUCGGGGUGGCUCACAUCCUUUGCGUCGAGGGUCUGGUGUGCGACCCGGUCGUGCUGCAGGCGGCACUGCUGCACGACACGGUCGAGGACACAGCCACGACGCCGGACGAGAUUGAGCAGCGUUUCGGCGCGCACGUGCGUGCCGUGGUCGAAGAGGUGACAGAUGACAAGAGCUUGUCGUCCAUCGAACGCAAGUUGCGCCAGGUGCAAAACGCAGCACUUUGGAGUUACCAGGCGAAACUCGUUUGCCUGGCCGACAAGCUGUACAACGUGCGCGACGCCGUACGCCAAACCCCGUUUCCAGAACUAAUUUGA